CUUGACCCCACCAGAUUGCGUGCGACAUCAUUCAUUCAUACAAUUAUUGAUAUCCAUUCCAUAGUUAUCGAUAUCGCCUAUGACUAACUACAAUCAUGACGGGAUGAAUAUAGAAGUGACCAUCCUCCAUCCACAUAACAUCCAAUUGCUUCCGUGAAAUCCUCAAAAACCAAACCCUCCAUUUCCUCCUCCGUCCUCUACAAGGUCGUCGACAGUACAACCUGCGCGCGUUCCGCAAUCGAAACUACCAGAAAGCUUAAUAAACAACAUCGUGACUCCCGUCCAAUCCUCACCACCAUCACCACCGCACCUCACAACCUCCCAACUCGCAAUUCCCACCUACACACCCAGCACCACCUCAAUCACACGCAAACCCCCCAUCCUCCACCACCAAAAUGGUCCGCCCAGACGGUCCCCGCGACCCCAUCGCCGGCCCCGACACCGUCGAACCUCCCUUCCCACUGCGGCUCCGCGGCCCAGUGAUCAAGGGCUUCGGACGCGGCAGCAAAGAGCUCGGCAUCCCCACCGCCAACAUCCCCCUCUCGGGCCUCUCAAUCGGCGGCAACGACUCCCUCGCCUCAGGAAUAUACUACGGCUUCGCGUCCCUCGACCUCUCCACCAUUCCCUCCUCCUCCUCCCCCCUCCCAUCGACAUCAUCAAACCAUGCAGUAGCCGACCUCGAACCUCCCCCAUCCCUCCCGCCCUCUCGACCCGCCUCCCCUUCAUCCACCCCCGCCAAGGUAUACCCAACGGUGUUAUCCAUAGGCUACAACCCGUACUACAAAAACACGACACGCUCGAUUGAGAUUCACAUCCUGCAUACGUUCGAUAGGGAUUUCUAUGGCGCGACGUUGAGUUUGGUCAUACUGGGUUUCAUACGGCCGGAGUAUGAUUAUGUUAGUGCGGAGGCGUUGGUGGAGGAUAUUAGGGAGGAUAUUAGGGUUGCGGGGAGGAGUUUGGGGAGGGAGGCUUAUGGGGUGUUUAGGGGGGAUCGUUGGUUGCUUGGUGAGAAGGGUGAGGAGGCGGAGGAGAAGGCUGGGGAGGGGAGGGCUGGUGGUGAGGGACAGACGGGGGGGAGGGGGGUUGCUGAGAUGAUGAGGUGA